AUGGACGCAUAUCAAUCUUUAAGCGGCCGAGUGGCCUCCAUGGAGGAACUCCUGCGUAGGAGUGAAUCCACCAUGGCUAUGGUUCUUCAACGUGUUAAGGGAAUAGAGGAAUUCGUGGUAGCAAGUGAGGGACGGCACCGUAAUGAAGGCGCCACACGCAGUGAUGGUUUGGCGCUUAAGUUGGAUAGAGUGGCGGACGCGUGUAAUGUGAGGUUAGAGACAGUCAACAAUGAUCUUCAAAGGCAGGGCGCCACCGUGCGGCUUUUAGAGGAGUCUGUUAAAUCCAUAGCUAGCACUGUGGAGCAAAAGGUGAAUUGUGAUAUAUUGGCCUGUUAUCAGCGGUUGCAAACUGUGGAAACAUCACUUACCUCCUCCGUACGGAAUCUAGAGAGUGGCAUAAAAUCACAGUUGGACUGCUUGAGGUCUACCGAUCAAACCAUACAGGGGGAACUGGCUUCCGUGCAACAUACAUUUAGUGGAGAACUGCUGCAAACCCGGCAGCGUGUUGAGAAAUUAGAGGCAUCCGUACGAAGUGCUUUAGAUGAGUUAAGGGGAAUGUUUUCCAAUGAAGUCGUUAAGUUGUCUGAUAGUUUCAAGAUGCAAUUGCAAUCUUACAAUCAAUCAUCCAGUGCAGCAUUGGCGGCGCUUGAUCAAAAGCUUCAGGAUGGGUUGAAUACCCUGCAAGGGACGUUAGCUCGCGAGAUUUCUGCAGAUAGGCAGACAAUCAGUUCGGUUGACACAAAUUUGAGGGAUGGGCUUCAAUCAUUGCAUAGUACUGUGAACACGGAUAUCGCUACGCUCUCUGCGCGCCUGCAGUCGGAGGAAGUGGCUUCAAGGGCAAUGCAACAACAACUUCUCACUGAGCUGUCAUCUCAUCGUCAGCAGUUAGAAACAGUAGAUACCAACUGGAGAGCAAGCCUCACUGACCUCGCCGGAAAGCUGCAAGACGAAUGCCAGGGCCUUCGUGGAAAACAGUCGGUUGUGGAAACUACUCUUCAGAGGAGCUUGGGCCAAGUGAAUGCCCGCGUAGAGGAGGUUGCUGGUGAGCUCCACCGCACCACGGAUAACAUUGAGCGGAACGUUCAAACAAGACUCGCUUCAAUAGAGGGGAUACGCGAUGACAUUUCAAGGAUUAAAUGCUCGCUGGCAACCGAGCAGGAUGAGAGACGGCGGUUACAGGAGGAGUUGCGGAGCUUCUCGGUGCUGGCUGAGCGCAGUGUGAUGCAACUGCAGUCUGUUAUGGAGGCGACGGUACGUGCAACCCAUAGUGAUUUACUGGAACGGUUGAGGCCGCUGACGACUUAUCGUUCGGAGAUGCACGCGGCGGUGACUGCCGCACUCAACAAAUUGUGGUGUGAAGUGAGGGAGACGUUCACUUCACAGCGCGAAUUUCAGGCUAUACAGAAUCAGAUUGAAGUGCUCGACAAUGCUGUGCGGAAAGAGGUGGCGUUGCUGGCGGAGAAGGGGAGACUACUCGAGCGCCGCACGGAAAAACAAUCAGCAGGUACUGUUUCCACUGAACUUGCGAGGGUCAGCACCGAAAGCAGUGCCCUCGUUCCGUUCGACGCUGCUGGGGAACUUAAUACUGUUUGGACUGAACUUCGUGACCUACAGAAACGGUUAGGCACAUCGAAAGAGGAGAUGAUUGCUUUGAUUGGGCACACUCGCAAGGAGCUUCUCAACAGCACUCUCGACAUCGUUAAGGAUAGCAGUGAUGAGUUCCGCGGGGCCCUAACGGAUAUUAAAACAGACGUCCAACUGUUAAUGCCCCGUGUGGAAAAGGCACUGACGGCUGCCAGGGCAGCUGUCGAGAAGAACGCUGGGAAGGAUGGUGCCGGCAAUCCAAAGAAGACUGUCAUACGGUUAUUGCGGAAGAGCUUAGACGACCCCACAAAAUGCGGUGAAAACGCGGUGUAUGUGUUGCCAGCCGAAUCAGAGGCGCCACUUCAUUCGUUUACUAAGGAACGGGGGAGAGAGGGUCCUUACGGGAAGAAAAACACAGCCCCAAAUGAUGAUACAAUGACAUCAGGAGCGGCAAACCGACCGCUGCCGGAGAAAAUGCAAACAAACCCGAGAGCGCCAGUUGAGCAUAACAUGGAGGGGAAUGGACUAAGCAAGGGCCGUCCAGUUGUGCCGGCUUUGAGUGAAAGGGCUUUGCAAAUCUCGGCGGCACGUGAGGAACCCACCCGAUCCCCACUAGUGUCUCAGAAAGAUUAUAAGGGAUACGCCGCGAAUGCUGGUGAACAUAUUGCAAGUGCGGGAGUGCCUCAUGCAACCACGGUGAGGCGAGGUUCACCAAAUGCAACUGCAUCUGGUGAAAGAGAGUUGGAUGGUCAAAUGCGAGGUUCAAGACCUUCACACGGGUUUGCAGAUGUUGAUACAGUGUCUGCUUCAUUACUUCCUCCACUGGUACGGGGAGCGAGAGCGUCUCCUUCACCAGGGCCUUAUCCCGUCACCAGUAAAUAG